GGAGAAUGAAGACAAUUGGACUUGGUUCUUAAACCAAUUAUGCCACGAUCUAAACAUAUUUGAAGAUCCAGGAAGCUGGACAUUUAUGUCAGAUAAGCAGAAAGGCCUGUUGAAUGCUUUGGAGAGUUUAGUUCCAUAUGUUGAGCAUCGAUGUUGUGUCAGACACCUCGUUUCAAAUCUAUUCCGGGCACAAGGUAGUAACAAAAAAACCAGAGACUUACUAUGGACUGCUGCU